AUGUCAUGCUGGCUGUGCUUGCACAGCAGGGGAUCCGAUGUCCAUACGGUUAAUUGGUUGUUCCAUGAGAUGAUGGAGUCGUGCUUUGAGCCUGAUGGGCUGACGUUUCUUGCUCUUCUCACAGCAUGUAGCAAUGCUGGUGCAGCAAGAGAGGCCGAGUUUUGGUUGGAAGCAAUGCAUUCAAAGUACAAGGUGAAGCCUGGUCUUGAACAUUACACAUGUCUGAUUGCUGGAGUGGCUCGGGUAGGACGCCUUGAGGAUGCGGGUAUCAUUGCAUCUACAAUUCCAUGCAAGCCAGACGCAGCUGUGUGGCGGACACUCCUAACAGGCUGUGUGGUUCACGGCAAGGAUGAUAUGGCGGGGAUCAUGGGGCAGCGCCUAUUGGAGAUUGACCAAAAGGAUGAUUCAGCCAAUGUGAUGCUUGCCAAUGUCGACUCCACAACAGGAAGGAAGGAUGAGGUGGCUGAGGCAUGUACUGCAAUGAGGGACUACAGAGUCAGAAAAGCAGUAGUCAAAGUUGGAUUGAGAUGA